AUGGCAACGGGCCACUCAGCCCGAGGCCUGUCCCUGAUCAGCGAGUCCUGUCAGGAAAACUGGGGAAACGACAUCGACCCGCAAACUAACCUCCCUGGCGCUAUUGUCCAAAUGCCCUCGCGGGGAGUGGGCGUCAUCUUCCGAAUUUGUGCCGUUGCAGUUGAUCUGUACAUUGACCGGAGCUUCUGGGACAUGUGGAAUUUUGUUGUCAAUGUUGGUCCUACCCGUAGUGUUCACUGGUGUUGGGAUGUUGUCCUUCGCGAUGAUGUUGCUUCGCCUGUCAUCGGUUCUGACCCUGUACCUCCUGCUCAAUUAAGUAGUGUCACCCUUGAGACAGGUAACUUCGAGCACACCGCCGAGGCGCCUGAGGCUGAGGCUUCUGCCUCUGAUGGUGCUGGAGACGAUUCUAGCCCUCUCGCCGUCGCCGGACCCGUGAUGCUUUUGCCAAUUUGUCUCAUCGUCUGCGAAACAAUCCUGUGCGCCGCCGCAUCUCUCGAUUCCCUAGUGUGA